AACUCGCACUCGAUGGGGUAUAACACCGUCGUCAACUCUCUACCUUUUCAGUACACUGCCACGCGCGCACACAAUCGCAUACGCCCUGUGACCCGCAAAGCACUCUUGUCAUCCUCUUCCUUGCCAACCUUGACCCCUACGCGCCCCUUCAUUGCGCAUCUUCAAUUGACUCUCGACUGCUCGCCAGCAGAAGCACUGCUGAUAUGGAGGAGGCCGGCAGCCAAACACAGGCCCCGACCGCUGCUGGGUGUGCUUCGUCCGCGGCGGCAUCUCCCACUUCUGCAUCCACGCUUGCGCCCAUUCCUGCUUCUACACCUUCGGCCAAUUUCGCGCCCACUCCGUCCGCGGCUGGCAGCUCUAGCGCCAGCAAGUUGUUCAAAAGAAGCAGGAGUCUAGGCUUGGUUACGCCCACUGCAUGUGCCGAGUGCCGCAAGAUGCACGCCAAAUGCGACGGAAAAAUGCCAUGUAGUCGUUGUAGUAUCCAGAAAAAUAUAAAGUGCGCCUAUGAAAUUCCGGUUCGCCAAUCUAAGAAGCACCUUCGAGCCGAAAUCGAGCAGCUGCGCGACCGCCAGCAAUGCAGCGAUCAAGUGAUCGCUGCCAUUGCGUGCUCCGACAUGUGGGAGGAUGUGUUGCAACAGCUACGCAACGAUCAAUGCUUAAAAUCCGUCUCGGAGUGGUUAGGUGCUGCCUUGCCCUCUGGCGGCGGUCAGAGAACUUUCAAUCGCCCGACGGAACAGACAGGGGACGCGAAUACCGACUCAGGUACCAGCGCCGGGCUUCUAAUAUCGACACCAGCGCCUGCUAGAAUAGGAGACCUUGGAGGCCCUAGGAAUGUGACUCUAAGUCCAACUCUCGCGCAGGCCAACUCGCGCCAAGACGCUGAUUCCAACAGCCCAUGGCGGCUUUCGUCGCGUAGUCACAGUGUCGGCAUUGUUUCGCAUCCUGAUCUGAACAGGAGCGCGGUCACCAACAGCGCGGCACAGGAGUCGUUUGGUACCACGGGCGAGUCCAUAAGCGAUGCGAAAAUCUCUAAGGGCGGCUCGGAAUACCAAGUUCUUGAUCAGGUACUCAUACCACUUGAACUACCUGGUAUAAAUCUGGCCUCCAAGGAUUGGUCGGACAUCACGGACGACAGCGCUCUUGUGCGACACCUCCUUGACCUGUAUUUCUGCUGGGAGUAUCCAGUCUUUGCACCUCUGAGCAAAGAGCACUUUCUUAGUGAUUUCCAGAACGGUAUUCAUCGGUACUGUUCACCCAUACUGGUUAAUGCACUCUUAGCUUUGGGGUGUUGUUUCUCUAGCCAUACGAUUACGCUGGCCAACCCAAACAGUCCUUUAAUCUCCGGAGAUAAUUUUUUCAGAGAGGCCCAGCGACUUAUCGAUCUCGAAGAAGACCACCACAGUCUGACCACCGUUCAAGCCUUGGGAAUAAUGUCCAUCCGAGAGGCCAGCUACGGCCGUGACUCGACUAGUUGUUACUAUACAAGGCAAAGCAUUCGUCUAGCUGUUGAGAUGGGUCUUCAUCAGCUUGAAGAAGAUGGGGACGAUGACAAGUUCGCAGUGCAGGUUGCCACUUUCUGGGGCGCUUUUGCGCUCGAUCAGCCCGCUAUCAUCGAUGCCACCGAGGCAUCCUUGUGGAUGCCAUAUCCGGAUGACGGAGUCCCGCUACAGCGUUCCGCUAAGCAGCCAUCCAACGUCCGAUCUGUAUACAAGUGCUUUUGUGAACUGAGCGAACUUGUGCACCACAGUCUCUAUAUUCUUCACACUCCAGGACGACUGUUAAACAGUCAUAGCCUGCUUGGCAUCUACACCCAGUAUCUCGAUUGGUAUAUUAGGAUACCCCAGGUACUCCGAUUAGGGCUCAACUAUACGCCAGCAGUCCUCUUCCUCCAUAUGUACUAUCACUUUGCAGUCCUACUUCUCUUUCGACCACUCAUAAAACUAAAAAUUAUUGGUUCGAAGCUGUUACCCCGAGAUAUUUGUAAACAGGCGGCCGACGCUAUUCAAGGGCUUCUGCGUUCCUACUCGCAGUUAUACACUCUGCGCAGGACACCAUCUUUUUUGCCGUACUUCGCACUCACAGCAGCCGUCAUGCAUCUGGCUGUUGACACACCCUCCACGGCGGUGCAGAGAGAUUAUAAUACACUAGCCACAGCUAGCGCCGACCCACCAGCUCAAAUGCUGACUCCGUCUUGCGUUGCAGAGGCGAUCACGCAGGGCAUCCGAGAUUUAGAGGAGAUGGCCCCUUGUCACCAUUUUGCGGAACGAUCACUCGAUAUUCUUCGAUACCUUACGAAGAAGUGGAAUAUGGACAUCAACAUGUGUGAGGGGCCGACAUGGAGUGAGGAACAUGGGCAUCUCGUCAGGCCGCACACAAGCAGCCUGUACUUUUUUGCGCCAAACCAUGUUGAGAAUGAAUCCACUUGCGCUAGGGGCAGCAGCGGCGACAAGGCCGAUGGGCUGAACCCAAAAACGGCAACUGGCACUAAGGGCGCUGAGACCAGAAAGCCGUUGGUCGUACAGACGGAUACGGUUAUAGAUAAUCCCUUUUUCUGGCCAUUUCCGAUGGCAGGGCGGCCAAUUCUACCCACUGAGGGUGGACUCGAGGAGGCCGGAUUUGAGAAGAUUUAGGAGUAACGGAUGAACGGGAAGGAGCGCAUGAAGCAGGCAUCUAGACCCGUUGGUACUGAGCCUUCGUAUGAGUUUAGGCUCUCUACAGGAAACUACACCAAUUUUCUCUGCAAAACGGCUAUUAUUUCGCAAUAUUUCACAAGGCGUUUUACGAGAAAGAACUUCAACUAGCCACAGUAUCACGGAAGGUUAAGGCACUAAAACACAGUACUAAGAUAAACCGAAUUGCAUCUACAAAGCUGUUUGUCAAUUCCAGCACCCACCAUCGUCCAACCUGGGAAGUAUGCUGGACUGCACUGCCACCAACAAGCCGAUUGCGCUCACGACGAUUUCAUAGAGCUUUGGAUUGAGGCCAUUGAUCCCAAGGCUACAGCACCAGGAGCACAAAAGAAAACCCCUGUAGCUACCACUUCGAAGUGGUAGCU